CUUAAAACGCUUAGUAUAUUUUAUUUCAUUUGGAUACUUACUUUUUUCAGUGUUAAGCAAACUUUCAGAGCUUUUGUUAUGAAACCAAAGUAUUUGUUUAGGUUAGGUAUUUUCCUGUAUGCCCAUGCAAUGACUUUGUGAAGUAUUGUUACUGCUAGUUCAAGUUGUUCGUAUCGCAGUUAAUAGAUUAGAAUAUAUCACAUUACCCAAUUUCAUAAAACUUAAGUUGCUCUACAAUGGUUGUGAAAAACAGAAUAUGAUAGACUCCGACUUAAGACGAAAUGUAGCUUGAUUCAAUUUUUGAGUAAGUCAAAAUCGAGCAAGUGAUGUUGAGGUUUAAUCAGUAUAAUUGAUCCGUCAAUAGUACGCACCAUUUCUACCAUUGAAGUUUUGCAACAAGUACUACGGUGUGAGGUGUUGUAAGCACGAGUUUUUUUGUCCACCGAGAGCAGAAAAUGUCCGAACAUCCAACAACGAAUCAACGGCCAGCGACGCCUGAAGUAGUCGAUCUUACGAAUGAUGGUGGUAGUGCAGUCCCUACUUCGACUUCUACUCGUACCACUACCGCGAGCAGAAGGAAGCCGUUACAUCGAUCGAAUGAAUUACGUGGGGGCACUUACAUCGAUCUGACUGCAGUGACUAUAACACAGAGUCCGCCACAGCCCCACAUGGAGUCAGUUGCCAGUACUUCAUCCUCAUCGGCAUCAAACGGCAUCGCUGCGGGCUCUGAUGUUGAGGUUCUCUAUGAGUGUCGGCGGACGACGCCACAGCCUCCGACACGGAUGGGCAGACAACAGCACGUAAUGCGCUUCUCGGUAGACCUGGCGAAACAUGCCCAAAGUCGUGAGGUUGAGGUAGUAACUGACGAUGACGAUUUAGCGAACGUGCAGAUUCCGUCAAAAAAACAGAAAAGUUCUCAAAGCAAAGAAGACGAAACGGCCUCAUUAUUUUGUCCUAUCUGCUUAGAGACAUAUGCUAAGUUGCAGACGCAGAAUGUUAGCGCUGUUGUCAUAUCAGCGUGUUCGCACGUAUUCUGCAGAAAAUGUAUAGAAGAGACUUUAAAAACGGCCAAGUCUUGUCCUAAGUGUCGCCGUGCAUUACGCGGAAAAACACCUUUCAAGGCGCUGUUUUUUUAGGCCGUACAGCUUUACCAUAAUUAAACGGCCGCUAGUGGUAAACAUUUAAGUAUUCAUACAACAUGUAGAAUUUGGAAAAAUUAAAAUCAAACUCAAAAUUUUUCUAGCUGAUUUUGCAACAGUGAGACAAAUGAAGCACCCUCUUCUCCCCUCCGCCUCCUCCUCCAUUUGAUAAGGGUACUCUGUACGAGUUUAGUGAGAAUAAAGGCUUAAGUGAUUCCGCUAGCGACGAUGAUAAUGAUGUAUGUGAUCAUACGUGCGAUAUCUGUAAGGACGGGUUGCACGCUGAUUGCCAUCAUAUUAGAUUGUUCAGAAAGUAAUAUCCGGUUUUAUUUUUCGCUUCUGUUCUGUAAUUUUUUUUGUUAUCCUUAGAAAGUUUUACUGCCGGCAUUUUGUCCAUAUCAUAGAUGAAUUUUACAUGGGGUUCGGGCUUUGCAGAUGCACCCCUUUUCAAAGUGUAACAAUUUCAAUAUUUCAUAAAAUAAAAACCAUACUUAAGUUUAAAAAAAAAACAUGUCUUAAAGAGAACAAACUAAAGCCGAUUAAAAGAUAAAAAAAGUAUGGAGAAAAACGGACUAAAAGCCGAUUUCUGCUAAAUUAGUGAUAUUCAUUGAGAAAAAAGAAAAAUAAAAGAGAACGAUAUGACAUGUAUUUCUUAUGUUUGUCGUUGUUAUGUCAUUGUUUAUUAUUUUAUGUUCGUUGUCUUCUGGCCACAUUUAAAAUGUUUUAUUUUUCCCAAAGAACUUUGUUAUUUUUCGUAAAAAAUGUGUCAUUUUUUGAUCUCGCAUUUUACCUUUUAAUCGGGUCCGAUUUAUCUUCGUUUACUCUCCCAUUUUUUUUACUUCAGAUAGUGUUUUUACAUUAUGAAAUAUAGAAAUUGUCGCAUGAGGGAAAAUGGGUCCGUAUAAGUCACCCGAAUUCAAUGAAAAAUUUUGUGAUAAGGAUGAAUAAACAGGUUUGAACGCUACUGGAAGAGCUUUCUGACGAUAUAGAAGAGUGAGCAUCAAUAGGCCAACAAUUACGAAAUGGAAGCAAUAAUUAUAAAUGGAGAUUACUUUCUAAUCAGAGUGACUGUUAGUCCAGUGCUACUCCAUGGCAGCGUACACAGAUGGUAACGCACCAUAACAAACCAACAAGCAAAUACGAACAAUUGUAAUAUAUGUACAGAAUAUGCUAGAAUGUUAAAAUAUGGAGAAAUGUGUAUGAUAUGUAUUCAGGAAGUUGAUUUGAGGCUGUUUAGUUUAGCUGGGAGCAUGAAGAUGUUUCGGACAUAGCAAAAUGAUCUGUUAUAUUACCUUGGCAAACACUCUGUAAUAUUAAUAGUAAUAAUAUCAUUAGCAAAAUGGGUAGUUGUAGUGGGGACUGAGGCUCUCAUAUACUUUCCUAAUGCUAAGUUUAGUUUCAAUCUAUACAUUGCAUUUAUGUGCACUUUAACAAAGAGACUGAAUAGAUUAACGCCUGUUGAGUAAGCAAAAUUCUAUUUGGAAGCGAUAUUCAUGAAGCGUUCAGCUUCCGCGAAGAGUUAUUCUCACAUGUUUAUUGCAUCUGUAAAUUGAGGCCGGAAAUUAGUAAACAUGAAAUAAACUACGUUAGUGAGUCAAAUGGCUACACAAUCAUGAGAACAGUGA